GCAGUAGCAGGCAACGGUCGCUUCGCUUCCUUCCUUCCUUCCUUAUGGCGUCGAGCUCCGACCCCUCAAGAUCACCCGACGACGAUGACUUCUCAGCGUCCCGCUUCAGAAAAACAGUUUGUCUCUACGAUUGGUGGUUGUCACAAGCUGCAGAUGGUUCUCAGGAAAGAACACUGGCUGUUUCUGGCUUCGCUUCACCCAAGCAACAAUCUGUUCAACAAGUGGUUCAGGUGUUCAAAUCGGCUCCGAUCACCAAAAGAUAUGAUUUUGCAACUCUUGAAACAGCGGAUGGUGUUUGUGUUGUGGUGUCUGGAUUGAUAAAUAAGUUGCGUACUACAGAAAGUGGCUUCUCAUCUGAGAUUUUCAAGCAUUUUGUGUUUGGAUUUCCUCUUAAUUGGGAAGAAUGUGCUUCAAAAUGCUUGGAGAAAGAAGCGAAGAUAGUUACGAGGCCGGGAAAGGAAUCUUUCGAUUUAUCAACAUUGAGAGGUGGGAAUAGAAAGAGUGAAAUACAUGAAGAUAACUCAAUUAGGAAUGCUACUAUUGUUACUAUCAAAAGAGUUACCAGAUCAGCAAGCAAAUCUUCUGCAUUAUCAGCUUCAAGAGACUAUUGUGGGCCCAGUGAAAGAAAUUCGGACAAAUGCAUGAGGGAUACUAAUGAAAAUAAGCAUGAUGCACAACUUCAGAAUGAUUUUUCUCCUGAAAAUCCUAAAAGUCACCUCACUAGUAUGGACCCAGGUCUUCCUAAUGUGGAAGUUGAAGGAACACAAGAAAAUCAUCUUUCCGCAGCUAUGGAUGAGUCUAAACUGUACUCUCCUCAAAAGACAGGUGGGAAGAGAACAGGUAAAGUAAAUGAAGAUAACUCAUGGAGGAAUGCAACUAUUAUUACAAGCAGAAGAGUCACCAGAUCAGGAAGCAAAUCUUUUGCUUUAUCAAGUUCAAGAGACAGCUCUGGCCUGGAUCGAAGAAGUUCAGGCAAAUACAAGAGGAAUGCUACUGAAAAUAAGCAUGAUGCACAACUUCCAAAUGAUUUUUCUCCUCAAAAUACCAAACGUUGCCUUACUAUGAUGGACCCAAAUCUUCAUAAUGCUGAAAUGGAAGGAACACAAGAUAGUCGUUUUUCUGCAGCUGUUGAUGAGUCUAAAGUGUACUCUCCUCAAAAGAUGGGUGGGAAGGGAAAAGGCAAUGUCGACAACAAUACUUUAUGUGGGGAACCAAUUGUGAUUAAAACUCCUACAGGCUCCCAAGGAAGUUCCCUCACAUCUCCAGAUUCUUUCAAACGUUCUAGAUCUGGAAGAAUACUUUUACCCAGGUUAGAGUUCUGGCGAAACCAAGUGGCAGUUUAUGCACUGGACCGUGGAGUCGCUGGAGUCCAAGAGGCCCAAGUUUGAUUUUAGAUGAAGGUUUGUCUCCUUAAAUUUUUGCAAUGCAAAUAUAUGUUUAGCUACUCCUCUUCCCAAAUGGUUGGAUGAAAUGGUUUUUCCAAUGACAACGUUUUAGUGAUUCUUAUCUGGCAUAUUGACCUAUUGGGUCCUGAUAUGACCUUCCUCUAAUCAUACUUAUUUUUAUGCACAGUCCAACGGCUCUCCAAGGUUUAGCUGUUCCUUAUGUAUUUAUUCCCAGUCAACAGCUCUCCUAGGUCCUUGGUAAAAUCAUCUUCUGUAUCAGACCGAAUAGAAAAUGCCGCUUGAAGGAGGGACAGAAAUGCAUAUUGUCGACAUCGAAACUCUCUUCGCUGUCCAAGUCUAAUCGAGUAGAAAGUCUAGUUUGUUUUGUUUUUUCCUGUGGCUUAUGCAUGCUGCUAUAAAAUGGAUAUGAUGCCAGGUUCGGCAAAAUCAUCUGGAGUAAGCCCAGGACAGACAGAUUGACCCUGCAUCAGUGUAAGCAGUGUUGCAUGAAAGUCAACUUAGUACUUUUGCAAUGAUUUUGCAGAUUGGAAUGUACCUAA